AUGAAAAUUUCCCCGCUGCUCUUCGGAGCGGCCAUGGCCCGCAACAAAGGUCCAAUGUGGGAGUACGACGAAGAAGACCUCCCUCCCACCGGCAAAACAAUCCGAAUCAAGUCAGGAAGCUCCUUCGAAAUCGACUACCUCGCGCCAUCUGAGGAGGAAGAAUCCUUCAUCUUUUUCGUUGACGCGGAAAACAUCGAUGCCGCCGCACAUAAAUUCAAAUCAUCGGAAAAUGUGCUCGUGGAAGCAAUGUACAAAAUCACACCUGAUAGCUUUGGAACCCCCUUUGAUGCCGAAAUUGCAGAAUCAGAAGCGUCAAUUGACCGAGAACAGGAGAAAAUUAAGCUUUCAGAUCAUUCCGCCGGCUAUUAUAUCAGCGUUUUGAAGAACAAAGAAACAAAAAAGAUCAAGACUGAUGACGUCGUCGACGUUCACGUGGUCGAGGGUUGUUCCAUCAAAGCUUCUUGGGACCACGACAUCGAAUGGGAAAAGUUCGGCUGGCACGAGUCUGGCGGCAGUCUGUCUUUCAACCCUGUAGGCUUUAAUGAAAACGACGUCUUCGCUCGUUGUGAGUUUCCAUCUACUCCAGCUAGCAGUCUCCGCUGGAAAGACUCUGAUGUUCAAGGUGCAAACUUGAUCGAACGAACAGUGCCUUCUGGAAAGACUCAUUUUGACUCGAGCUUCCUUGAAUGUGAAUUGUUGGACAGAGAGUAUGAUGAAGAUGAAUGUUCUGUUGUCCAGACCAAGUCGCAAAUUCUCAUUCCGCCGAUGAAGAGUCAAUACACUGAGGACGUAUUUGCUGAUGAUGCUCACAAAGUUUGGCACUAUGUUGAUUCAACCUCAGACUACCAAAAAGUCCACUUCACGUGCCCUCUUGACAUCUACGCGAAAAACGUGAGAUUGGUCUCCUUUAUCAAUGGAAACCUGUAUGAAUCUGAUGACUUCAAGCAAGUUUCAAAUGCCCUUCCUGAUGUUGCCGAGGAUUUGGAGCCAGAAACAGAUGAGCUGAUGGUAUUUGAAACGACUCUCGAUGGAUAUGAAAUCACUUUGGAUAUGGCAGGAAGAGCUGAUGGAGUCGCUGAAUUCCGAUGCAAAUAUUCAGAUGAAGACGAUUUGAUGGGCUAUUCUCAGCCGCAUGUUAUUGUCAAAUCCCCCGAGGCAAAUCCAGACAUCGCCACUCUCGAAGUCUCGGGUUCCUGGGGCUCUGGAAUCGCCACCGAAAAUCACGUGAUUUCCGUCACUUCUGAACUUGUCAACAUUGCUUCCUGCAGCCAAAAUGCUCCCGGUUAUCCAGCAGAAUUGUCGAUUAAAUUCCACAAAGACGGACACGAUUACUAUACCCCUCUUCCUGGCGUCAACAAACAUUCAAUUUCUGUCAAUCGAGAUGUACCCGUCGACUUUGACCUGACAACUGUAUCCUGCGUCGUCUCAUCUGGAAACGAGACGAAAGAAAUCGAACUCGGUACGCUCAAUGUCAUGCAUGAGCCCGAAAACGUCAUGAUUUUCCAAACGCCGGAGCAAUUCAAAUGUACUGCAGAGUACUCUCAAUAUGACACUGUCACUGCUUCUCUUACCCUGAACAGAAACGUCAAACAACAAAUGGAAAAUGGCGAGGCAGUUUUCAAUCGAAACAGUUUUACUGAAGAAGAACUUUCGAAGAUUUACUCAACUGGUGCCAAAUGUGUCGUCACGAGUGAAAAUUUUGAAGGAAAAUGGGAAUCGGAAGUAUUGAGCUACAAUAUUGAUCCAGAAGUAAUUGACACAAUCAAAAACAACCCCUUGGGCUUCCUGGCCAUGACUUUCUUUGCCGCCCUCGCCGUCAUCGGAAUCUGCGUCUACAUGCCCAAAAACGAGCCCCCACAGUACAAACAGACCGCCACGGAAGUCGACGACGAAGAUCCGCUUCACAACUCAAAAUCUGAACUUGCAUAG